AUGUCCUUCUUGGACUUUAACGCCUCCGAUUGUAGUUGUCAGUUGGUGCAGUGUGCAACAAGUUCCUGUCUCCAACGCCAGGAGGAAAAUGACUUUGCAGUGCAAAUGUUUCGUUUGAGCUUGCAAAGUCGAGGUCCCUUCCGUUGUUUCGUCUCCGCCCAGCAUGACGAUGAGGCGUUAAUGUACAAAGUCUACCAACUUUCCACCAUAUUCAAUGCUCUCUUCUGGCCUCUCACUGCCUUCUUCUUCUCCCUCAUUCUCAUUGCCAUUCUUUACGCCAUUGAUCGGUGCAAAGUGUGGAAUGCUGACGCUCUCCUCAUCACCUAA